CUGCUGGUCCACUCUGUGUCCCUGUCCAGAUCCAUCCUCAGUUCUACAUACGAACCCCAGUAAAUCCACCACGUGGAAAUAGAAUAGUCUUACGGGAAAAAAACGCACGUAUAUAUACACCUCCACCUCAUCCGUUCUUCUUCGUGGUUCAGUGUCCAGAACAAUUCAGAGAGAGAGAGAGAGAGAGAGAGAGAAGAAAAUCGAGAAUUUUGAAGAGACAAGAAGAAGUUUGGUGUACGUUGUGAAUGAUGACGAUGAGGAGUAAGGGGAGUGAGCUGGAGAUGCCUGCGGGGUUCAGGUUUCAUCCGACGGAUGAGGAGCUGGUGAUGCACUACUUGUGCCGGAAGUGUGCGGCGCAGUCGAUUGCAGUCCCGAUUAUUGCUGAGAUUGAUCUCUACAAGUUUGACCCAUGGCAGCUCCCAGGUAUGGCUUUGUAUGGUGAAAAGGAGUGGUACUUUUUCUCGCCGAGAGAUAGGAAGUACCCAAACGGUUCCCGUCCAAACAGGGCGGCAGGAACAGGGUACUGGAAGGCCACCGGAGCUGAUAAGCCGAUAGGGAGGCCAAAGGCGGUCGGAAUCAAGAAGGCGCUGGUUUUCUACGCCGGGAAAGCUCCCAGAGGAGUGAAGACUAAUUGGAUUAUGCACGAAUACCGCCUCGCAAACGUCGAUAGGUCGGCUGGCAAGAAAACCAAUUUGAGGCUUGAUGAUUGGGUGUUAUGUCGCAUAUACAACAAGAAGGGAACAAUUGAAAAGCAUUACACUGCUGCCAGUGCCAAGCCCCAAAAAUAUCCCGAAAUUGAGGACAAGAAGCCCGAAAUUUUACCAGGUUACAGUUCAAUGCUGCCGCCACCGCCAUCGCAACCAACCCACCUGAAUGAUUUGCUUCAUUUCGAGACAUCGGAUUCGAUGCCGCGGCUGCACACGGACUCUAGCGGAUCCGAUCAAGCCGCGUCCCCCGACUUCACGUGGGAGAAGGAGGUCCAGAGCGAGCCCAAAUGGAAUAAUAAUGGCUUGGAAAAUGCCUUCGAUUACCAGUUUGAUUUCAUGGAUGACUUGACAGAUGAUCCUUUUGCACCUCAGUUGCAACAGUUUCCGCAGUACCAGCUCUCCCCAUUGCAGGACAUGUUCAUGUACAUGCAGAAGCCUUUCUAGCCUUGUCUGAUUGAACAUUGAAAAUUGUGAACCCAAACAUGUUUUCUUUAGUUAGUCAGAUAUAAUUAGGUUUGCAUACACCCAAUAGUUGUUCUAUCAGCUGGCACAUGUCGGUGACGUUGUUGUGAGCAGUGAUCGGGUGCAAUUGAUGGUACGAUAAAAAUUGAUUCUUUGUGUUUUAGUCGAUCAAUCGAUCUUGGGGUAGAGCAUAGCUGGGGUUAGCAGUUAGAGGGAUUUGAUUGAUCAGAUGGCACAUAGACUAGAUAUUUCAUGUGUUAAUAUUUGUUGUAAGACAACAUGUAGGCCAUUUUUAUGACUUUGCUUCGAUUCGGAUUGUACCAACUAUUAAUUCUUUCACUAUAUGACAUGAGUGAAAUUGCAUUUUUCAAA